UAUUAUGUAUCUUUAAGACGACAUGAAUUGUUAAAAAAUGCGUCGGCUCGAUUAAGGAAUAUACAAGUAGUAUACAGUUUAGCCUGUACGUUGAGAAAAGUUGGGACUUUUUAAAAGACGGCGGCUGCCAAAACAUAUAGAAGUCCCAUUGUAUUUGUUGGACAAAAAUGGAGGAUUUAAAGGAGGAAGAUGACGCCGCUUACAAUACAAACGCGUCGGUUUUCAACGGCAGCAUGGAAAAACACGACAUCAUACAGUACUACUCCGAGUGGGCGUAUCAGUAUGAAGAGGACCUUGCUCCUGGGAGAUAUGACGGACCAAUGAUGGCCGCGGAAACAUGUGCGCAAUACUUCAAAAAGAAGGACAGACAAAAUGUGCGGAUACUAGACGUGGCAGCCGGAACCGGAUUGGUUGGUGAACUGCUUGCAAAAAAGGGUUUCAGCGAUAUCCACGCUCUGGACCCUUCAGAAGGAAUGUUAGAAUUAGCGAAGAGAAAACAAGUCUAUAAAACUUUCCUGAACGAAUACCUAACUGAAGACAAACUUCCGGUACCUGACAGUUUUUAUAACUGUGUGACGUCAUCAGGAGGAAUGGGAGACGGUCAUAUCCCCUGUGAGGCUCUUUAUGAAAUAAUCCGUAUAGUGAAAUCAGGUGGCUAUGUGGUGAUCGUAAUGCGAGAGGAAUAUCUCUACAAUGUACCAGAAUACAAGGACCGUCUCGAACCACUCAUGGCUAAAUUAGAGGCCCAAGGAAAAUGGGUCAAUGUCGAGAGGCGUGUCGUACCUAACUACGCCUUCAAAAAGAAUGGACUCAUAUUUAUAUACAAAGUACUUUGAAUAUCCAUAUUUCGAAGAAAAAGCCUACAUGUACCCGUUCUUACUGAUCGGAUGAAAAUAUGCUUAUCGCUGCCUGUGAAAAUGUCGGAUUGCUUCGAACUAAGAUAUUUAAAAAAGUGUGGUGUGCCUUAGAUAUGGACAUAUUAAAUAAAAGAAUAAGAAAAUACUCAUAAA